AUCAGCUGGGAUAUACAAAGUUGCGGAAGUUAUUCUUCGUCGACUUCAUCUCUCGUGUUAACGUGUUAAACCAGAAGACGCCAUGGAAGAACAUGAACCCCUCAUCAAUGUACCAACCAUUAGAUACAGACUGCGCCAUCUGUUUAUCGCUGUGACUCUUCUGUUCCUUUCACUUGCAGUGGAAUUGUACGGGUUGUCCAUAACGCAAUAUGUCUACCAGACCAUAGCUUCCAGAAAAUUUCCGAACUCUUCAGCGUUCGAUAAUAAACACACAUCUAUUUGUGAUGUGAACAAGUCCUCCGAAAGUUAUCUAGAGAGGACGACCGUGCAGCAGACUACAGCGAAGUGGGACAUGUACAAGACAAUAGCUGAGGCUGUGCCAGCCAUACUCGCGAGCAGUGUUCUUGGUUCGUUGAGUGACAGGUAUGGGCGUAGGAGGGCUUUAUUUGUUAAUGUCACUUUUACUUUACUCGGAAUUCUACUCACAACAAUUGGAGUAAAAUGUUCAUUUGAUAUCAACCUGUUUAUACUUUUUGCCGUCAUAAACAAUGUGGGUGGAGGGAUUUAUGGCGCCUUAUCAAUUGGCUUUGCAUACGUGUCUGAUAUAACUGAAGCAGGAAGGCCAAGAAGCCUGUUUAUCACGUUAUUGGAUGCAUCCAUCGGACUUGGAAUGACCGUUUCCGGACUUGUGUCCGGAUAUAUCAUUGAAAAGUUUGGCUAUUUUUAUACCAGCCUGUGUUCCUGUUUCUUGGUAUUAGCGGCAGUUCUAGUAGUGGUGUUUCCCCUGCCAGAUUCUCUCUUAAACAUAACGAGCUAUACCAGUAACACUACCACACAAUCCUACAGAAGAACCACACUCUCCAAAGACAACGAAACUAAUUAUGGUGACAGGAGCACAGAUAUCGCUAACCAAGGAACAACCCGUGGUGCGACAGCUACAUGUGGCACAGCCAAGGCAGCCUUUGAGUUUUAUUUUCGAUCUUCCAAGAAGAGAUUCGUGUAUAUCAUAUGUGGUGCCACAUUUGUAUUGGCGUGUUUAUCUAGACUAGGAAAGAGUAGAAUUGAAAUCUUGUAUGCACUUAACACUCCAUUUUGUUGGUCUCCAGUGAAGAUAGGACAUUUUGUGUCGCUUUCAGUCGCCUCAAGUAUGCUUGUUGGAAUAGCAGCCAUCAAACUUCUACAACGUUUCUUCGCAGAAGAAGUCAUCGCUAUAUUGAGUGCCCUAUCUAAUGCUACUUCCUGUAUAUUAGAAGCGUUUGCAUACAAUGAUCUGACACUUUUCUUAGUCCCGUUGUUUGCGGUGCUAAGUAUACUCACUAUCCCGAUGAUGCGAGCUAUCAUGUCCAAAAUAACGCCACCUCACCAACAAGGUGCCUUAUUUGCGGGAUUGGCUGUUAUGGAGAUAUGUGUCAGUUUGACAGCCAAUGUUGUAGUCAAGAUCAUCUACAUAAACACUAUCGAGAUGUUCCGAGGAACGGCUUUCCUUGUGUAUGCUGCAUUCUCUGUACUCUCUAUAGGCCUUCUGCUACUUUACCGUUGUAAGAGAACUAGUUAGAAGGAGGCGGAAGUGUAAGAGACACCAUAGGGAGAAAGGCCUGAUUCCUACCUGGGAGAUACAUCAUCAUGACGAAUAUACUGUGCUUAUUAAUUUUGAAGGAAGCAAGAGAUUGAAUUAAAAAGAAAGAAAGAAAAAACGAAAUCACAGUAGGUCAAUCUCAAUUUGAGUAAUUGCAAAAUAUCAUGAAGAUGUUUAAAUCUCGUCACACAAAGAGGUUUACUGUCCUUGAGGCAUGACGGAUGGUAUAACGUCAGUGAAAAUGUAGCAGCCAAGCCUCAUACAAUUCUUUCUUUAUGUCCCCUUUCUCCCCUGCUGCCCAGUGUGCCUCCGACUAUAUCCAUCAUCACGACGCCUCUUCGAGUGCUCUUUUGCCUUCGUGCCUGUUCUUCGAUUACACAAUGCAAAUUGACGUAUCUCUCUACUGUGCUCGAAUUGGUGUCCUGGACUACUGUGUACAUUUCGCAAAUUCCGCUAUAUUUGGAUUACAGCUUUUCUAUGUAUACCGUUUACGGUUUCAUACAAAUGUAGGGUACAUAUGAUGAGAAUAUUGUAUUCAAGUGUAAAAAAUUCCUCGUAUUUCAAAUAUCUUUCCUCUCCCCACCUACAUCAAUAUAAUAACUGUAAUAUGCUUGUACAUGUGCUUAUAUAAAGAUCUAUACGAGGUAUACAGUGGUGAUGCGUUCAUGCCUAAAUUAAUGAAAUACUUAUUUGGAACGGAUUGAUAUAAAUACUAUCAUUAUUUCCGAAUUGUCAUGGCAUUCAGUAUGGGAUGAUUCUAAUUCAUUGUCUGAAGGUAUGCUCAAUGUGCUUAUUUAUUAACCCCUGAAAACUCCCAAAUCUUCAACCCCCAAAACAGGAAAACAACUCUGCAUUUUGAACUAGUAUAUAUAACCCCUACCAGGGUAACAUUAACACCAUUCUUGUUUCGUUUACUGCCACGUGGUUGAAACUCGUUAGUACGCCUAGUGAUUUCUUUGUUGUUUACUCUGUAUUUUAUUUGGGAUUGUGACAUUGCUAACUUGGAUUCACCAAGGUUAACAUGUAAAUAAAUAUUUUGCCUUUGAUUUUUCGACUUGAGUUUAAAUUGAGACUCUGUUGACAUGUCGGUAUUGUCUUUUUGUUUUUGCUUUUGUUUUGUUUUGUGUGUGUGUUUUCUGUGUUUUUUUUUUUUUUUUGUUGUUGUUGUUUUUAGCUCUGCUCUGCCAGAUCAGAUGAUACCCGUAUCAUUUAAUACCUAUUUCAAUUAUAUA